AUGCUCAUAAUAUACACAUUUACAAAACACCAUUCUCACGAAUCCACUCGGAUCCUGGCCUCAUUGAGCAGUGGUACCUACGAGGCUUAUGUGGACGGGAAAUGUGUAUACACCUACAAAGACAGCGGCUCCUUCGGGGAGUUGGCUCUGAUGUACAACACUUCAAGAGCCGCCACCAUCAUCGCCAAGACGGACGGCAUCCUCUGGCACAUGGACAGAAACACGUUUCGUCGGAUCGUCUUGGUGUACGCGUUUCGGAAACGCUGCCUCUACGAGGAGUUGCUGCGCUCGGUGCCCAUGCUCGCACCGCUUAGCAACUACGAGCUGGCCAACCUGGCAGAUGCGCUCGCCAGUCGCACUUUUGAGGACGGAGAGCAGAUCAUAAAGCAGGGCGAGCCGGGAGAGGAGAUGUAUUUUGUAGAAGAGGGCAAUGUCCGCAUCGCAGUCAGUAGUCAGGUUGGUUGA